CGGAGAUUAAAUUUGUGACAUUCAUUUCGUCGUUGGCUACAGUAGCAUCAACAUCGAUAUCAGCAUCUUAUCCUGCGGUGAACAUCUUCCGACUUCGAUGGAGAAAGAACCGAUCAGUUUCGCUACCGUUGAAGGCGAUGUUGGAGCAAGAUUGGACAAAAUGUUUGGCGUAAAACCCAGUUUUCUGAGGGUAGAACCGAGCCAUUGUUUAUUGCCGCCCCAUUUUGUCUUUUACGGAACGAGGAUACGGGAUAUGGAAAUUUACGAGGACGACGUGUGGAUUGUUUCGUAUCCGCGAACCGGUAGCCAUUGGGCACAGGAGAUGGUAUGGUGUAUCGGGAACAAUUUUGAUCUUGAAACUGCAAAAACUCUUCUGGUCGUACGCAAUCCAUUACUCGAAGCCUCGUGUCUGAUGGUGUCGGGAGACUACGUAGAGUGGUUCGCGAAGCUGGGCGAUUCGGUCGAGAACGUUACAAAGAUGCCACCAACGAGAUACAUCAAGUCUCACCUACCCUUGGAACUGUUGCCGCAGCAAAUUCACAAAAAGAAACCAAAAAUCAUCUAUAUUGCUAGAAAUCCAAAGGACACUUGUGUCAGCUUUUAUCAUUUCUGCAGAAUAUUCCAUAAUAUCAAAGGAAGCUUCGAGGACUUUGCCGAGUUGUUUCUCGAAGACAGUGCUCCGAUGGGUUCGUUUUGGAGUCACGUACUACAAUUCUGGGAGAUGAGGAACCACGAUAACGUACUGUUCAUGACUUACGAGGAAAUGAAAAAGGAUCAAGUCGAGGCGAUAAAAAGAACGGCGAAAUUCAUGGGAAAAAGAGUGACGGAUAAGCAAAUUGCCGAGCUUUGCGAACAUUUGAAAUUUUCCAAGAUGGCGGCGAAUCCUGCCGUGAAUAUGGAGCACAUCUUACCGCAGCAGAACGUUACGGAAGACGACAAAUUUAUAAGGAAAGGCAAGGUCGGUGAUUGGAAAAACUACAUGUCCGAGGAAUUGUCCCGACGAUUCGACGAAUGGACCGAAAAGCAUCUACGUAAUAGUGGUCUCGACUUCGACAGAGGCGUGAUCCAUUACGAUGAGGAAGAGUAACGAUACUUUGAAAUAUGUAUUAUUAAUGGAAAUAGACUUUACGCGAGAUUUAUGCCUAAGGCAACUAUAUUCCUCGAUUAUUACCAACGAUAUUCAUUAUACAUGUAUUAAAAAUGUCUUAUACAAUAUAACGUACAAGUAAUUUAGUUUAAAUGUAUGCAUCAUGUUUACGUUCGUGGGUAUUUAUUAUAUGUGUUUUUGUUGAAAAUAUAUAUAUAUAUAUGUUAGAAGGGCGACGCUGUGUACUUUUUCAUUGCGGAUAUUACAGGACGCGUUUGAAUGCAGUACGUACACUGUACAAAGUACAAGACCGGUUUUCUAUUAAUGGGCAAUGAUUCUUAGAAUUAGCUGUUUAACUUUGUACGCGAUAUUUCGAUAUUCGAUAAAGCAAAGAAACAAAAGAAGGUGAUAAUCAAAGAUUAUCGAUAGAACGAAACUGUGAUUUGUUUAGUUUGUAUGCAAGCGAGGUAUUUAAUUUACAAUUAGUCG